ACGAGAUUGAAAUUGGAGAAAUAAUGGCAUCUCAGCCAUUGUUCCAGCCUCUCCCCUUCGCCUCUCUGCAAGAUAAAAACCCAACUUAGCGAAAAGCUUUCUCAAAUCUAUUUCAGCGAUCGUACUUGGAUCAGUGAUAAGAGUUUCUUCGAAGAUGGGCUCGUUAUCGAUGCAAUCCUCGCUCUUCCAAUUACCAACUCGCCCCUCGUCGUCAUUUUCACCCAACCAUGAACAUUUACUCUCUAUUUCCUCUGUUAGCUUCCCGUUGAAGAUGAAGUCGAGGAUUUUCAGUGGAAAUUUGGCUCUGAGAGUUAAAGCUUAUGAUUCAUCAAGUAAUCAGCCUUCUGAUUCCUCUACAGAGUCCACACCUCCCAAAGGCACUCGGCCCAAAACCAGGAGGGAUAUUCUAUUGGAGUAUGUUCAGAAUGUGAAGCCGGAGUUUAUGGAGUUGUUUGUUAAACGUGCGCCUAAACAUGUGGUUGAUGCAAUGCGGCAAACUGUGACGAAUAUGAUAGGGACGUUGCCGCCGCAGUUUUUCGCGGUCACGAUUACCUCUGUUGCUGAAAACCUCGCACAGCUGAUGAUGAGUGUAUUGAUGACUGGAUAUAUGUUCAGAAAUGCUCAAUAUCGUCUUGAAUUGCAACAAAGCUUGGAGCAGGUUGCUCUUCCUGAGCCACGUGAUAGAAAGUGGUUUCUGGUGGACCGUAGCUCUGUCGACAGCUCAGAAAGUAUAGUUGAGUUGGUCAGCUCAGAAACUGAGUUUUGGAUUGGUUUCGGAUUUUGGUUAUGGCAGUGGUUGAGAGUUAGUUCUUGCGUUAAUCAGGAAGAUGAUCAAGACUAUGCACCUGGAACUCAAAAGAACGUUUCAGGGGAAGUGAUUAGGUGGAAUAACAUUUCUGGUCCUGAGAAGAUUGAGGCAAAAAAGUAUAUUGAGCUUCUGGAAGCAGAGAUCGAAGAACUCAACCGUCAAGAGCUUACAAGCACUGCAGGCGAUGAUGUUGCGGUGGCCAUGAAUACAUUUGUCAAGCGGCUUCUAGCUGUAUCAGACUCAGACCCAAAGCAAAUGAAGACGAAUGUGACAGAGACAAGCGCUACGGACCUUGCAAAAUUGUUGUAUUGGCUAAUGGUUGUUGGAUAUAGCCUUCGCAAUAUAGAAGUCCGGUUUGAUAUGGAACGUGUGCUUGGUACUCAUGCGAAGCUCGCCGAGUUGCCUCCUGGUGAAAUUAUUUGAAAACCGGGAGCUUUUAUUUUCACGCAAAGAACUCAGAUUCACAUGUCGCGUGAUUGUUAUUGUAGAAUGGAUCAAACUUAAUUGGAGGAGAAAGACACUAUUGCUGUUGGUAAAAAAAAAGAGAGGAUUUUCGCUUUGAAAAAUUUCCCAUUUUAAAUUCACAAUUCGCAGAGAAUGGCUUCGGUUCUUUAAAUUUG